CGUCUCCUCCUCCCUCCGCUGAGUGCUGAGUGCUGACUACUGAAAUGGAUGGCAUCCAUAUUUUUUUAACAAUGAUGCAUCCUUUGUUUGCGGAAACACGCCAGGGACAUGGCGCGUCUGCUGCCGGAGCAUUUUUCCGCUUGGUCCCGCUGAUAGCCUCUCCAAUCCCUCAAACGUAUCCGGGUCAGAGUUCCUGCCAUCAGCAGUUCCGGAGUCGAAUUCCAAGAUCAAUUCGCCCCCACAUCAAUAAAAAGAAUGCAAACUAAUAAAUUUCCAAUAAAAAUCUCAUCCAGAUUGCAAACAUUUCAGGUUGCAAAAAUCACUCAGCAAAUGACAAACCCUCCCAACUCCCGGCUUAUUUCAAUUGCUCACGGCAGCAUGCUGUUUAGCCAGGGGAACUCCUCCGCCUCCAUGAAGAUCUCGCCCACACCGGGGCCGGCGUCCACAAACCUCCUUCCGACCCUCCUCCUUUUUUCCCCCUAGGACAUGGCAGAUCGAGCGGAAGAAGCCGUCGGCGAUGGGAAUGAAUCCCCCCGGCCAGAUCUGCCUCCUCUGGCAGCUGCGGCAGUCGCGGCCGACCUAGCCUCCUCUCCUAUGCUUGGAUCUGCCUCCCCAUCAACUUGGCGGUGGCCAUUUGUCCUACCCCCGCCGGGAUCUACGCCGGGUGCCGGCAUGUCCGACGGCACCCCCGACUGGCUUCGCUUCUCGGCUUCCUCUGGUGAGGACGACUCACCCCGGUCGUCGCUGGCUCGUCUGAAGGGCAAGUAGGUCGCCUCUCCCUCCGACGAGUGCCCCAGCCACGCCUCCGCGUCCAUGUCGCCGGCCCCGGGCGGCUUCAUGGCGGAUGCGCGGCACGCCUCCCUGCGGGAGGGGGGAUGCUCGGCUUCCUCCCCUUCAGGUUCCUCCGGUCGCCGUCGUCAACUCCAAUCAUAUCCCGGCGGUCGCUGAUGGUGCUGGUGAUGUUGGUGGCUGGGUCGAGGUUCAUCGACGCUGGCGCCGACAGGUCCGUCCUCCCGGGCCACCUCCCCGCCCGGUGUCGGCUGAUCUCGUCGGGCGCUGCUGGCCAGGGACCACGUCGCGGUGGCAUGCCGGAACCCCUCCCGCUAUCUGAAGUGCGGCCAGGUGGGCCACCGCGCCCGGACCUGCAAACGGGGUCGUGCCUCCCGGGCUGUGGGGGGCUGGCACGCUCGCCCCUCUUCUUCGGCGCGCCAACCACGGCGUGUGGCGGUGGUGAGAUCGCACGGUGCUGGCCACUCCAAACAGGGUCGCUCGCCGACCUCCGACACCACUCGCUCUGCCCGGUCGCAGUCCACUGGUCGCGCACCCUCUCUACCUAAAGCUUGUGCCCCCUCUCCGCUGCGUGAUGAAGGACCUCCCCCUGCCUCUGGGUCGCCACCUCCCUCCCCCAAGCCCAUUGGUGAUCCCUCCUGGAGUCCUCACUCUGAACUCUGCAUUAUCCCGCGUUCACAGGAGAUUGAUGAUACUAAGGGACGCCUGGCGGCCUGUGCCCUGGUGGCUGUUGUUGGUGGCACUCGCCCAUUGGUUUCCUGCUGGCAGGUUUGCAUGUUGUUGGAGGAAUUCUUUUCUGUCCAGCACGGGGAGUACAAGGUCUCUACCUUCGAGCCUAGGGACUUCUUGGUGGAAUUCUCUUCGGCUGCUGAUGCUGACAGAGUUCUACACGCCCAUUAUCCGGCUGAAGCUCCUUUUCAAUUGGUCUGGAAACGCUGGAGAAGACAAGCCACUGCCUCUCUGCAGUCGCUGCGCUUCAGGGUUCUGAUUGAAUUACGUGGAAUUCCAGCACAUGGGCGGAACAUAUCCACUGUCAGGAUCAUUUUAGAUACCUCCUGCUCCGAUCUUGUUGAAGCGCCACCUGAACUCGUGGGUGAUGAUAGUAAAAAGUAUUUUGUUGGUGCAUGGUGUAUUCAUCCGGACCUGGUGCCGCAGACGAAGAUGAUUUUCAUCUAGGAGCCGCCUGUACCGUAUGUGGAGUCGGGACUGUUCUUACGUCCCCAUGAAAUUAUUCACUCAUGCCAUGAUGGGUUGUGGUACCAGGUUAAUGUGCGCAUUGUUGAAAUCCAAGACUGGAACCUGUCAAGUGACUCCUCUUAGACCGUCCACAGCGAAAAGAGUAAAUGAAAGAGCAAAUACACUGUUUGACACUGUAGAUACAUUGUUUGGCACUGUAGACAGAGAGGGCGUGGAAAUCGAGGAGGAGAUGCUCCUUAGGAUGCUCGGCCCGCUGUGGACGGCCUUAUGACGAUGAUGUGUGGCCAGAUAGCUUUGAUAGUGAUGAUGAUGGGCACCCUGGCAAUGAGCCGCGGCGACGGUCCAACCCCUGGCCAAAGCGAACGAGGUUCGACAACGACGUUGGUUCGAGUUCUGAUCCGUAGCUUGGCCCUGGCUGGGGACCGCCUUUCUUGCCGCGGAAUCGAGCCACUGCCGUGCCUGUGGUGGGCACAAUUCAGUGUGCGCCGGAGCACCCUUUGCUCCUACCGCUUCGGCUGGGCGGGCAUCCUCGACAGUCUUCAAGGCUUAAUGGGUCUCCUGAUGAUGUUGCGUUCCUUGAUGCCACUCCACCAACUGACUCAUUGUCAUGCUCCUUCGACCCGAUGCUCGCUGAGGCUGAUGCACUUCGGGGUUCGUCGACUCUGGUCCCCGAUCUGCUUGUUGGGGACUUGGUACUCCGGCAGUCUGUCCCUAUUCCUGCUACCCAUGGAUCGACCUGGGACCCCAUGCUUCUGGAGGAUACUAUAUGUGGUGUCGCCUCACUCUCCUUGUCCGUGGUCGCCUCUGUUCAUGACCAGGUCGCUCUGGAUCAAGCCCAUGUCGCUCUCGAAUCGGUACGAUUCAGCUUGUCACCCACGGAACCGGGAUGCACCUCGUGCUGUCCUGGUCGCCUCGCCGCCAAGACGGCGCUCUCGACAACAACCCCAAGAAUUCACUAUCCGUCGCAGCGAGCGAUUGGCACAGAAGUCUCAUCACCGAGCUACAAAGCCUGCGGUUCAGGCACAAAACGUUAUGAUGAGGAAACUGGGCUUCACGUCGGACCUCCAUCCCCCCGACGCCUCUGCUUUCCAACAAUUCGAGCAGGCAUUCUCCUCCUCCCUCUCAGUAUCACACUGUGAGGCUCUUGAUAUUUUGCUGCCGACGGAAAUGGGCACGAUGGCAGCAGAUGUCGCGACACCUGUACUGGUGUCUUAGUUGUGUGCUUGGUUGAUCACCUGGGUCGCUCCAUCUGGUUACCAUGUUAGCUGAAAACUGUAUGACUUGGAAUGUUAGGGGGCUAAACUCUAGGGCCCGUCGUAAUGUAGUACGUGAAUUGGUCGCACAGGAAAACAUCUCCCUGUUGUGGCGUUGCAAGAAACUAAACUUCAAGCUUGUUCGGAGAAUGACAUUCUGGAAAUUUGUGGGUCGGGGUUUGA